ACACUCAGAACUCAGGUAACUACUCUCCAGCCAGCAGUUCCCUCUCUCUGGAAUGAAGGAUAAAUGUCAGAAAACUACUGAAGAUCCUUAGGGAGAUGAGAUUCCCUAAAAUUUGGAUGGAAAAGGAGGAGAAAAUGUACUCAGAAUAUCCAAGACAAUGAUCUCAUUCCUGGAUUUUUGAAGAAGAGGGAACCAGUUGCCAAGACAACCAGUGUUGGGAGAAAGGGGUGGGGCAAGGAAAUGAGAGACCUAUGGAUACUUCUGUUUUUACCUCUGUUCCUGGCAGCCUUUCAUGGGGUCAAGGGCUGUUUGGAGUGUGACCCCAAAUUUACAGAGGAUGUUAGGAUCUUGUUGGAAAACCUGGUACCUCUAGAAGUUCCUGAGAGAAAUCAACUGCUGGAAAGGCAGCAUAAGGAGAUAACCCAUAUAAGCUCCAAGGUCUCUCACAAGGAUAAGAUGCUUCGGUUGUUGGCUGUUCGAAAUGUUGUCAAAUUGAGAGUAUGGCUGAAGGAUGAAUUUUAUAGACUGGGCAAUGAAACAUGGAAAGGAGUCUUCAUCAUUCGAGGCAAGCUUCUGGCGGUCCGCCAAAACUUGGAGAACAAACUGACACAAAUACUAAAGAACUUCUCUGAAGUUGCUUGUUCAGAAGAUUGCAUUGUAACUGAAGGUCCUGUCCUUGAUUGUUGGACCUGUCUUCGAAUGACCACCCGGUGUUUCAGAGGAGAAUAUUGUCAAGAUGAUGACCCAAGGGAGGCUGAAAAUCGAGAGAUUUCACUCUAUUUGAUAUUUACAGCAGAAGCUGUCAUUUUGGCAAGUGCUGUGCUACUAUUCCAUGUUUGUGUCACACAUCGGAGGAAAAUGAGACAAAUACGAAGGACUUUGAAGACAUAUUUGGAGAAAAAACUAGAAGAAUUAGUGGAAAUAAUAUAUAAAGAUGAGAAAAAGGAUUCGGAAUUUGGGAAAUCAAAUACACAGUCUCUGACAGGACAGCCUCCAAAUGCUGAGUCUGAAAUGAAAACUGGGACCUGAGUUCCUGAGUGGUCAGAAAAUCACAGCACCUUAAACUGGAAUAUAGCUUAGGGAUUCUCCAGUGAACAUCCUCACUGACAUCCCAAGACCAUGGAUGAAAUGAGAGGGAAAAUGAUUUAUCCUGAGUUAUACAGAAGAGAAACUGCUAUGCUGCAAUAAACACAAGAAACAAUACGCAUGUGAUAAUAAAAAUGUAUUGUUACUCUUAUAAA